CCAGUCCAGGCAAGCAGGAGAGGACAUGGCAGCCCUGCAGGAGAAGAAGUCAUGCAGCCAGCGCAUGGCCGAAUUCCGGCACUACUGUUGGAACCCGGACACUGGGCAAAUGCUGGGCCGCACCCCAGCCCGGUGGGUGUGGAUCAGCCUGUACUACGCAGGUUUCUAUGUGGUCAUGACCGGGCUCUUUGCCUUGUGCAUCUAUGUGCUGAUGCAGACCAUUGACCCCUACACCCCAGACUACCAGGACCAGUUAAAGUCACCAGGGGUAACCUUGAGACCGGACGUGUAUGGGGAAAGAGGGCUGAAGAUUUCCUACAAUGUCUCUGAAAACAGUUCCUGGGCUGGCCUCACACACACCCUGCACAGCUUCUUAGCAGGCUAUACCCCAGCAUCCCAGCAGGACAGCAUCAACUGUACAUCUGAAAAGUACUUCUUCCAGGAGAGCUUUGCAGCUCCAAACCACACCAAGUUCUCCUGCAAGUUCACUGCAGACAUGCUACAAAACUGCUCAGGCCUGGCGGACCCCAGCUUCGGCUUCGAGGAGGGGAAGCCCUGCUUCAUUAUUAAAAUGAACAGAAUUGUCAAGUUCCUCCCCAGCAACAACACAGCUCCCCGAGUGGACUGCACCUUCCAGGAUGAUCCCCAAAAGCCCCGGAAGGACACUGAACCCCUGCAGGUCGAGUACUAUCCCCCCAAUGGCACCUUCAGUCUCCACUAUUUCCCCUACUAUGGCAAGAAAGCACAGCCCCACUACAGCAACCCUCUGGUGGCAGCCAAGCUCCUCAACGUCCCCAAGAACAUGCAAGUCAGCAUCGUGUGCAAGAUCCUGGCAGACCACGUGACCUUCAACAACCCCCAUGACCCCUACGAAGGGAAGGUGGAGUUUAAACUUACAAUACAGAAGUAAAACGUGGGAGUGGUGUCCACCCCUCAGAUGGGUGGACACGGAUGGACACUCUUCCUGACUGCACAGCCUCUGCUGGCCAGCAUGCACGGCCACUUCCAUCAUGGCCCAGAGCUGACACCAGGAAGUGCUCCAGCCCAGCACUCCCCGAGUAUCACCAACCCUCACGUGAGCGCAAUCCUAUCGGAGCUGUGGGGUUAACACGGGGACCCAGAGUCCGGCUGCCACUAAGGAAGGCCUAUCUGUCCACAUUUCUGUCCUGUGAUCAUUUGCCCGUCCUGCACUUCAAUAUGAACUAUGGGUCCACAUCAGGGUAACACUGGUCACCCUGGCAUGACACAUCUCCAGUUCGUGCUUCUGAGACCACAGUCCCUAUGCCAUCAAAACAAACUAUAUUAAAGUUAUUCUUAUUCUGUGUGA